UUAAAAGAGGGAAAAUUAAAAAACUAGUGCUUUGAUUGUGGAGUAAAUUAUUUUAUUUUCUAGACAUAUCUUUAUGAAUUAAGGUUUUUUUUAUUUUCCAAAUAUGUGUUGUUACUUUAUUUUACAUAAUAGAUAUCGAUAUUUGUAAAUAUUUGUCCAGUGAUGUUGGAUAACAGUGAUCAAACGAUACUUUAAAUAUUUUCGGAUACAUCUCGAUUACCUUGGAUUAAUAAACAUUAUACUUGGAUGACAUCUUGACAAGUCAUGAUGAAAAGAAGCUUCCUGGAAUGUACCAAAAAAGUUGACAACUUUUGAAACAGUUUAUUCCAUAAGGUUUCCAUCAGCUGAAGAUUUCAGUGAUGCAUUAUGGGUAGUGACUCCACACCAGGAAAAGCCAGGAACCAUAACCGAGGACAAAGGAUUUAGGGGGCUCCGAUAAUGGCCCUAGAGUCAACAAGUCCCUUUGGGGCAGCAGACGGUUCCCUUUCCAAGGGCAGGACCCUGUUUUCAGACAACAAUGAUACAGGGGAACCAUUUCCUUUUCCUUUCAAUGCCAGUGGCACGUUAGCAUCGGUGUACAAUAGCACAUCACUUUCAAACGCAGUAUUAAACGUCAGUCAUUCCACUCCCAAAGAUGGUAAAAAAAUUGACUUAAAGACAUCAAUGUCUGAUUUUCAGGAAAAAAUAAACACGAGUAAUGUAGUAAGCACUAUGUCAGAAAAUGAAGUUAAUAGUAAAAAUAAUGGCGAUACGUCAAAAUCAGACACCAGCGGGACAUCAGCACAAUCUGAAAGCAGUGGAGUUAGUGAUAGUAUUAUUAAGUUUCCGGACCUAAGUGGGAACAAUCAUACAGAUGAAAUUGAUGAUGAAUUUUCUGAUAAUGAAGAUCUUGUUGAAUGCGGAAAUUGUGACAAUGAAUUUCAGACACUUCAGGAAUAUAUGGACCAUACUUGUGCUGGUAGUAAGAGUAUUGAAGGUGUAGAGGCUACGCGUAAUGAAAGCAAAGAAUUAAGUGAUGUUGAAAGUUUUGACGGAAAGAUUGUGUACAAUCCUGAUGGAUCGGCUUACAUUAUAGAAGGUGAUUCAGACAGUGAGCUUGAUUCUAUUAUUGAUUUACCUCAAAAAGAGGGAGCUAUCAUUGACAAAAAAGGAAGAAAUGACAAUGAACCCUCAGUUAAGGAAAUCCCACAAAUCGACAAUGCAUUUUUUGUUCCAAGAAAUCCAAACUCUUUUAUGAGCAGUCCUUUUAUGCUGCCACACAAAUCUCAAUCCACUCCCAUCAUGCAUAGCUACAGAGUUUAUGAUCUAAGAUCAGGAAAACACAAAUCGGCAAACUCAGGUGAUAGCUCGGAGGAUCGUAGGAAUUCCAGUUCGCCAUCAUCCACUCCAGAAUCAUCUACCUCAGCAAUCUCUCUAUCUACACCUUCAUCGUCAUUGACAUUUAGUUUGAAAUCAUCUCAAAUUCCAUCAGUUCCGAUGAAACCGAUUCUCAUGUGCUUUAUAUGUAAACUUUCAUUCGGAUUUGCAAAGUCUUUCACUUCUCAUGCAACAAAUGAACAUUUAAUGGAUCUGACAGAGGAGGAAAAAGAAAUCAUGUCUCUUAAAAAUUCAUCUGCCAUCAUUCAAGGUAUUGGAAAGGACAAGGCGCCUCUCAUGUCAUUUUUAGAACCGAUCAAAUCAUCCAGUGUAGAAAUGGGAACAAAAAAAGCGUCAGAAUCCGCUGAAGCUAAAGUCGGGAAAUCGAAUACUUUAAAAGAGACAACGAGUGUCAGUUACAUUUACACAAAGCCAAAACUCUCUGAUUCUUUCAAUGAAACUAACUCACAGUUAAGUAAUCAAAAACAAACUAAAGAUUUGUCUAUAAAAGAUAUUCGGGAUCAGUUAGGACAUUUUGAUAAGGAAAGUGCUAGUACCGCAGUAUUAAAUGCUCUUUCAACAAAAACUUUGCACUAUGAUAACAAAAGUGAUAGAAACGAACUUGACAAUAAGAAGAUCAGGAUGGAAGCUGAUGAUUCUAAUUCCAACUCGUCAAGUUAUCCGGUGAAUUCGGUCCAAAGGUAUAUACCAGAGGAUUAUACCACACAGUCGCCAAAAUCAUUCUUGCCGCCAUAUACUUCAUCGCAACGUCAGGGUUUCUAUGGUGUGUGUGAGGAACACCCUAAUGGGCGUGCAGCAGGUGUUGAAUGCCCAAGUUGCGAUAUGAUCCUCAGCUCAUCUCAGUCAUUGGGUGGUCAUAUGACGAUGAUGCAUUCACGUAAUUCAUGUAAGACUUUGAAAUGUCCCAAGUGUAACUGGCAUUACAAAUAUCAGGAAACGCUUGAAAUCCACAUGAAAGAAAAACAUCCCGAAGGCGAUCAAAAAUGCAUGUACUGUUUAACAAAUCAAACUCACCCUCGUCUUGCGCGAGGAGAGAGUUACUCAUGCGGAUACAAACCUUACCGGUGUGAGGUGUGUAACUAUUCAACGACCACAAAGGGUAACCUCAGUAUUCACAUGCAAUCUGAUAAGCAUUUGAACAAUGUGCAGGAUCUUGCAAACAGUGGGGGAGACUUACAACAGUUUAACAAACAUAACGCAAGUAAUCAUGCACCUCCUCAGUUACAACAACCACAUACCCCAUCACAUCAGUCACAGACGCAUGCGCCAACUAAAACACCUCCCCAUCAACAGUUGAUGCAACAACAGCAACAUCAGCAACAAAGUCAACAGCAUCCUGGCACUUCACAUGACAGCAUUAAGAAAGUCAAGCCAAAGCCAACAUGGCGUUGUGACGUCUGCAACUAUGAAACAAAUGUUGCGCGAAAUCUACGCAUUCACAUGACAAGUGAGAAACAUACACAUAAUAUGAUGGUACUACAACAAAACAUGAAACAUAUGCAGCGAGAUAUGCAAAUCCAUCAGAUGAAUCAGUUAGUCAUGCUACAGCAAGACCCGUCUUUCAUGGGUCUGACGGGGCCAAUACCAGGUGGAAUUACCUUUCCGUAUGACGGUUCACUGAUGAUGGGAGGUCUGCCAGCAGGAUUUGGGGGCGAUGCACCUGUUGACCUCAGUAAAGAAAAUGGAAUAGGCCCAGGUCAACCUGGAUUUGGAAGUGAUGCACUAGAUAUAAAUAGACUAUUCCAGUGCUGCGUGUGUAAUAUUUAUGGAACAGACUCUUUGGAAUCCCUUCAUCAGCACCUUCAACUAGAUCGUACCAAGCAACAUGAAAAUGAAAACAUCUCGGUAUCCAGCGGCACAUACAUGUGUAACCUUUGUCAGUAUAAGACUACUCUAAAAGCGAAUUUCCAGCUUCAUUGUAAGACCGACAAACAUAUACAAAGGCUUCAGCUAGUGAAUCAUAUAAAAGAGGGAGGGGCGAACAAUGAGUGGCGCUUGAAAUACCUUAAUGUGAGCAACCCCGUUCAGGUUCGCUGUAACGCAUGUGACUAUUAUACAAACAGUAUACAUAAACUUCAAAUCCAUACCGGAAAUCCCCGCCACGAAGCGAGUGCACAGUUAUUCUGCCAUCUUCAGCAGCAAGAAAACAUGCUAUCGAAGCCAGAUAAGUACUAUCACUGUGCUCUGUGCAAGUUUAAUGCCCGGUCGAAAUUAGGUCUGAUGCAGCAUGUGCAUUCCGUGCAGCACUUACACAGUGAAAGCAUGAAACAGAUAGAGAUGAAAGAAACGGGUCAGUUGGAGAUCGACAUCGGCGACAUCUUCAUGGUGAAGGAGACCGAAGACAAAGACUCUGUCAAGUUUGAUGAUGAGACGUCGCCAACUGCAAAUGGAUUAGCCGAUGAAGACAGCAGUUUGACGGACCAAGACGCCAGUGACUCGCGGGACCGAGUGACAACACCUCUUUCCCCAUCGCAAGCCAUCAAUAACAACAACAACACAAUAAAACAAACAGCUGAAGACCUUUCACAAAAAGGUGAUGCGAGAAACCAGGACAAAUUAUACGAGUGUCCAUAUUGUACGUACAACUCUGCCAAUGAGAUGCACCUAAAAUCGCACUUGGCAUCCGUGCAUCCUAACAACCUCACCAGCAUUGCUUGUCCCCUGUGCCAGGAACCAUUCGCCGAGAAAUCCAAAAUACAGAAGCACCUCACUGCCGUGCAUAAUGUAAAUUCCGAGGGACUGCACAAGUUACUAGCCCUUGUAGAAGAACCGAAAUCCAAAAUGCCACCAACAACUUUCAGGGAAACAUCUCUUCCAACCGGAAACAUAGCUUUAGCGAAGAUUUGUGAAGUGAAUCUAGAUUACCUGGAGCUCGAGUCUGCUAAACUGGCUGCCGAAGAUGCUGUGGAUAUGGCAGCCCAGAAUGAUAAAGACGGUGACGAUCAGUUCCGGUGUCAGACAUGUUCCAAAACAUUCACCAACAUCGACCAGCUUUACUCGCACCAGAAUGAACUCGGCCAUCUUGAAUUGAAGCAGACGCCACGUGGCCCAGGCUACCUCUGUUGGAAGAAAGGAUGUAACCAGUAUUUCAAAACUGCUCAAGCAUUACAAAUGCAUUUCCGGGAAAUCCACGCAAAAGCUAUUCCUAUGACAUCGUCAGACAAAUCGGAAUAUAAAUUCCAGUGCCAAAUAUGUACAUUAGCCUUCAAAUCUCAGUCAAAGCUUCAUUUUCACGCUCAAAUGCACAUUUUGAAGUCAGCAGUUACUUGCAACCUGUGCACAAAAUCUUUCCAGUCAAUCGCAUUGCUCAGUAAACACGUGGAAACUGCUCAUGAUCUUGGGGAAAGUGAAUUGGAACAGUACAGAGCGGAAAUAUACGCAAAUACGCUGGCCUUUGCAACAUUCAUGGGUGACCCAAAACUUGCCAAAGUGUUCAGUCUAUCAGAUUUGCCAAAAGAAAACUUUAAGCAUUCAGACAUUAGUACCAAUCCAGAACUUGAAGCUAAAAGUCUACAGGACUUGUCAGAAAAUGGUGGAGUUGAUUCGGAAGAAAAUUCACCAGCAUCCACACCUGUGUCAGUGGAGAAUGGUUUGGAAAAGGGAAGUAAUUUAGAUGAAUUUGGAGAGAAUGAUCUCAACUCAAAAGAGCAACAGUUCUUUGAGGACCAUAUCAAUAGUAAAGCAUUUGCAGAAGACUCGUAUGAUGAUCCCAACAGGAAGUACAAAUGUCAUCGCUGUCGUGUAGCUUUCACUAAACAGAUUUAUCUGACUGCGCAUAACAAGACUCUGAUGCAUAAAAAGGGCUAUAGAAUGAGUUACCCAAUGGAGAAAUUCCUGGAUCCAAACCGACCAUACAAGUGUGAGAUUUGUAAAGAGUCUUUUACUCAAAAGAACAUCUUAUUAGUUCAUUAUAACUCAGUUUCUCAUCUACACAAAGUGAAACAGCAGGGAGCCGAGGGUCUGUUGCCAAUGAGAACAGGAUCUGAUUCUCCUCUGACAUCAACUCCAGUGACACAGUCUAUUCAUUCACCAGCUACUACCUUGUCAUCGCCAUCACCAUCUGCUCCAUUGUCGUCUGCUUCAGGGAUACCAGAAAAGUCGUCUGGAAAGAAAUCCAGGGAGUCAUCACCCGAUGAUGAAAGUCAGAGACCAUAUAAGUGUAAUAUAUGUAAAGUCUCCUAUAGUCAGGGAUCCACACUGGACAUUCAUAUUCGCUCUGUCGCUCAUCAAACUAGAGCAUCUAAACUCCAUGAGUUAGCCAUGACCGGGGAAGUUGACCUUUCUCGACCUUUGAUUGAGGAACCUGUUGACAAAUCGUUCCAAGCUCAGCAGCAGAAACUUCUCAAUGAUUUCCUGAAGACUUCAAUACCACCAUUGUCACAACAGUCACUUCUGUUCCAAGGACUUCCAGGAAUAUCAAGUUUCCCAGGAUUCCCUGGUCUACCAUCAAUGCCAGGUCUUCCUCUGCUUGCUGCAGGUCUGCCUCCAUUGUUACCUCUAUCUCUACAAAAUCAAGUGUUCCCUUCAUCUCUACCCAGCAGUACCUCUAGUCACCAUUCACAGUCUGGGUCCAAAGAAAAAUCAUCAUCAUCAACAACCUCAUCGGCUCCAUCAUCAACAGAAACAAAAAUGUCAUCAAGCAAAUCUCUAGAAAAGAUCUCUCCGCAGUCGGUAACAACUCAGUCACAGAAAGGUGUUAAUGCAGCAAAAGAAUCGUCUGCUGCAAUAAGUGCUGCUGUUGCCAUGGCAACAGCCACUGCUCAGACCUCGGGAAUGUCAGGAAGUAUUCAAGUAUGCCAGCGAUGUUCUGCAGUUUUUGCAAGCCAAGAUUCUUUCAUACAGCAUCAGGCUUUGUGCCCAGGAAGUAGCAGUUCCCCUGUUCCAAGCCCAGCAUCUGGAAACAAAUCCAGAUUUGUUGGCCGCAUCAAAACAGCAGUACAAAGGAACCUUCUGGAAAACUUUGGUUUUGAAUGUGUGAUGCAGUUCAAUGAAUUCAACCAGAGGAGAGUGAAAAAAGAAAGAGAGGAUGAGGUGAAAGAAAACAGCGUUGACAAUCCAAAAAUGGAAGAAUCUGCAGAAACUGAUGAUAAAGGAAAUCCAGGGGAAAACCCAGCAAAUGAAGAGGCCAAAGAGGGAAAAGUUGUUGUCAAGGAAGAACCGAAGACUGUAGAUUUGCCAGAAAUGAACAAGAGCAAAUGCGGCCAUUGCAGUAAACAAUUCUCCAGUGUUUGGGUAUUAAAAGCACAUGAAGAAGAAGUUCAUAAGGAAUUUGUUCCCUUAGAAAUAGUUGAAGAAAUAGGAGACCAAUUCAAAACUGAUUUUGAGAAGAAAAUGCCAAAAGAUGUGCCCAUUACAGAUCUCCCAAUUCCUUCACCAGUCUCCACCCCACAGCUGCAGAUGACAGAAGAAAAGCCAGUUAAGUCAGAGAUGCCACCCCCUCCUCCACCACCACCAGCACAAAUGCAGCUAGAUAUGCUGCAGAUGAUGAACAUGUUCAGUAUGGGGAUGAUGCCUAUGCCUAUGCCACUUCUAAUGAACUCUCAGCCAUCGCUGAUGCCGAUGAUGAUGCCCCCACCAGGAUUGGACAUGAAACCUCCUCCAAGUCUCCCUGGGUUGGAUCCUGCUUUGGCCUCUGGUAGUUUAGCAGCUUCGCAGAAGCGACAGUUGGAACAGGCCUCCAUGGCCAAUCAGAAGAGAGCCAGGACUCGUAUUAAUGAUGAGCAAUUAAAGGUGUUGCGUGGUUACUUUGAUAUCAAUAAUUCACCUGCAGAGGAGCAAAUACAAGCUAUGUCAGAGCAAACAGGACUGCCAAUGAAGGUGAUCAAACACUGGUUUAGAAACACACUUUUCAAGGAACGUCAGAGAAACAAAGACUCUCCAUACAAUUUCAAUAACCCACCAUCAACAACUUUGGACUUGGAAGAGUAUGAAAAGACAGGAAAGCUGACAAUCAUUGAAGACAGUAGCCCACCAUUGUCAAAAAGUCCAAGCCCUGCACCGAAAAUGGAGUCGGAAAUUAAGAAAGAAGUUGUCGAUAAAUUUGAAGAAUCACAAAAAGAAGUUUUUUCAGCACAGAAAAGUCAAGGUCCAAAAGACCUUAUCCCUCAGCCAUCUCCAGCAAGAUCUCAGGUACCAGAAAUGAAGCCAAAAGUAGUUUCUGAGGAAAAAUACAGAGAAUCCAAGCUUCCCAGUGUUCCGGCAACAUUGCCAACACGUAGCGAGACACAAUCCACACUAUCCUCAUCAUCUACACCCGUACCUCCAACAACAAUGUCACCAUUGCUUACAUCACCAGGUGGAAGUAGUAGCUUCAUGCAGAACUUUGUUUCAAAUCUCCCUGGUAUGAGCACUCCCAAUACACAAAACUAUCCACCUACUUCAACUACGCCAAACUCUCUGACGCAUUAUGACAGUAGUCACAACUAUUCCCCACCAGGAAGUGGUUCGACUGGAAGACGGGCAAAUAGAACUAGAUUCACUGAUUAUCAGAUUAAAUGUCUACAGGAGUAUUUUGAACAGAAUGCAUACCCGAAAGAUGACGAACUUGAACAUUUGUCAAAAAUGCUUGGAUUGAGCCCAAGGGUGAUUGUGGUGUGGUUUCAGAAUGCUCGUCAAAAAGCCAGAAAAAUAUAUGAGAACCAGCCUGCAGAUAAUAUGAAAGAUUUAUCUGGCUCCUCACCAUAUGCUAGAACUACUGGAUUAAACUACCAAUGUAAAAAAUGCCAAGCUGUCUUCCAGCGAUACUACGAUCUUAUCCGCCAUCAGAAGCGAAGCUGUUUCACAGAGGCAGAAAAACAAGACUCUAAUUUCCUCUCCGAUGACAGUGAUUCAAUGUCAAACGUUACGUCGCUUGACAAUACUGCAUUCUCAGAUUCGGAAUCUGAAUGUUCGAACCUUGGACGCUCGAUGAAGGAAGUCAACAGCUCAGGAAGCAGUGAGGGCAAAAAAUACCAAUGUGAAAAAUGUGACCAGUCUUUCAAUCACUUUGACCAGUACAGAGAACAUCAGAGUAUUCAUAACCUAGCUUCAGGCAUGUUCAUGAAUAUGCCAACUGGAGGUGCAUUUGGCAUGCUUCAAAGCAUGGCAAACUCUCAACACCACAACAUGACAGAUCAGUCUCCAAACAAGAGAAAAUAUGAAGAUGAGGAUGAUGAUCAGGACCAACCUCGCGAUAAGAGACUACGCACAACUAUUCUACCAGAACAACUUGAUUAUCUGUAUCAGAAGUAUCAGGUGGACUGUAAUCCAAGUCGUAAGCAACUUGAAGCCAUCUCAAAGGAUGUAGGUUUGAAGAAACGGGUAGUUCAGGUGUGGUUUCAGAAUACCAGAGCUCGCGAACGUAAGGGUCAGUACCGAGCUCACCAGCAGUUGAUCCAUAAGCGAUGUCCAGUCUGCAGAGCAUUGUUCCGUGCUAAAUCAGCACUUGAAUCUCAUUUAGCUACUAAACAUCCUGAUGAGAUGGCAAAAGGGGAGAUAAACAUUGACUCAAUUCCUGAUGCUGCGAUAGAAAGUCCAGGACCAUCAUCUAGUGUAAUGCCACCAUCACCAGACUAUAACAAACUUCUUGCUCCACCCACAAUGCAAGGCCUACUACCAUACAUGCCACCAGCCAGUCUAGGAGGACUGCCAGGCUUCCCACCAAUGGCUGAUCCAAUUCAAAUGUCUAUGAAACAAUUUUACGAAGAUUCUUUUAAGAAGUACAUCAAUGAGCUAAGCUCUACGAGCCAUGCUUCGCACAAACCAACUUCCUAUCCUCAUGAAUUUACCUCAACUCCACUUAAAACAGAAACAGUGGUGUCCAGUAAUGAAGAUGAUGCCCCAUUAGACCUCAGUAAACCGCUGAAAGUGAGUACGCAUUCAGAGGAUAAACACAAAGAAGGACCUACAUCGCAGUCUAGCUUCAGCAGUGGACAGAGUAGCAGUGGUGGACAGGGGGAGAGAAGCCGACAGAAUAGUGGUCACGGUCCGAUUCAUAGUGUUCUUGGCUCAGCUGUUGACCAGGCUUACAUGAUGAACAGAUUUAAACGUGACAGUGCCAUGCACACUCCAGAGCUCGAGGAAGAGUCAUCAAACAUGAGCAGUAAUCCUGCAUCUCCGGGACACACAGCGUCAUCAGUAGGAAGUAAUUCGAACAAGCGUUACCGCACACAGAUGACAAGUUUACAGGUCAGAAUCAUGAAACAUAUCUUCAUUGAUUAUAAAACACCAACAAUGGCAGAAUGCGAGAUGUUGGGAAGGGUGAUUGGACUCCAGAAACGCGUAGUGCAGGUUUGGUUCCAGAAUGCAAGAGCAAAAGAAAAGAAAGCAAAACUAAACUUGAAGUACCCAUCCUCGGAACUGGAUUUUCCAAAACCUCCGGAAGACUGUUCACUCUGUAACUUCAAAUACUCACACAAGUACACUAUACAAGAUCACAUCUUUACCAAGAAGCAUAUUGACAAGGUUCGCGAUUAUAUACAGUCUCAAACAGAUGCUGAACGGGAAAUGUCGACAACAGCGGCAUCAAUGGCAGGUGUUUCCGGUCUCAUUCGCUCUCAGCAGUCUAAUGAUGUGGACCACAUGCGUAAGCUGAUGGAAGAGGCCAAUCAUCAGAGCCAGAUGGCUCAGCUGCAAUCAAUGGGGCUCGCACCACUGGGUCUGCCGCCAAAUGCUAUGGCAGGAAUGGGCUUGCUGCCACCAGAUCUGCUACAUAGUCUGCAAAAAGAGGGCUCUUCAACAAAAGAAGGAAAAGAAGUUGACAGCCAAUCAGAUGGCUCUUCAAGAAAAGAGAGCAACAAAGGUGGGUCAGGGUCAUCUGAGGGUCAGCUGGGCCCAUUUGGUGGCCUCUUACCUGGUAUGGACCCAGGGAUGUUGCCCUACAUGUACCCAGGUCUGCCUGGGCUCCUCCCUGGUAUGCCCCCUCUAGGACAGCCGGGAUUUAUGCCAGGAACAGAGCAUCUGCUUGGCUAUGACCCCAUGACCUAUGGAACCCCACUUCCUCUUCUUCAGAUCCCUCAACAAGCCAUCAAGGAUGUAAGUUCAAAACUUAUGGACCCAAAAGCAACCAUUGGUCAGUACACCCAGGACUGCAAAUCUAUAUCAAGUCUGAAAGCACUUGUCAACAAUGCUGAUUAUAACUGUGUAAGGGAGGCAACUGUUGAUGUUGGCUAUAUUUGUAAAAAAUGUCAGAUGGUCUACCCUGCUAGGGAAGCAUGCGUGGCUCAUCAAAGAUUGAUGUGCUUUCCCGGCGGGAAGAUUCCCGAAGGUGUAAACAUUGCGUUGAAACUUGAACAAAUACAGUACGAGUGUAAACUUUGUUCCGAGAAAGUUUCCACAGUUCAGGAGUUUAAAACCCAUUGUGAAGUGGAGUCGCACAAAACAAAAAUGGCUGUUUAUCAACAACAGAGGCAGUCAGGUGGCCUAAGUACAAAGCCGUCUGCUUAUUCUCCAAGACAAAGUGGUAGCUCAUUUGACUCGGAACGAGCCUCAGUCAUCGAGAAUAAUCACCCAGAAAAUGCAUGAUCAAAUAUGAAAUUAGGCAGUUUUUGACUUACUUUAAGAAGCAUUGCACUUUUCAUUUUGUUCAGUUACAUCAUGGCGAUUAUGUACGUUGGACUGAAACUGGUUAAUAUGUUACUAUGGACAGAAACUGGUUAAUUUGUAUAUGUAUAUAUAUGUUAAAUAUAGUGUAACUAUACACGCAUUCUCAUGUGGACCAUAAUAAAGUAGUGAAUUUAGUGGUCCAAAAAAAACUGUAUCACACUUGUACAUUUAUGUAAGUGUGCAGUUAAGUGUGAAGAACAUGUUUAAAAAAAAAUGUGUGAUUGUGUUAAAAGCGUUUGUGGAACUUUAGAAAUCCUUCUCAUACAGCGAAUGGACAGCAGAGAUUGCUGUAAAACAAUUCAUCUGUCAGUAUUUCAUUAUAUAUUGUGUCAUUUUUCUGUUGGGAAAACAAAAAGCUUUACCUUUUUGAAAAUGAACAUUUGUGUAUUAAAAAGUGCUAUAUAGCUAAGUAUCUGAUAUUUCUGUAUCGUAUAGAUACAUUGGAGUUAUGUAAUCAAUAUUGCAAGUUGUGUAUAUAUUGUAUAUUUAGGUAGUCUAUGUCAUACAGUUUUUGUUCACAAAAUGGUCUAAAAUUUCAGGAUAGUGAGCUAUGGAAUUACAAAAAAUACGUUUUAUCUUUAGAUUAUUAUAAACGUUUUUUUCUUCCGUUUAUUGUUUUCUUUUCUUUGCCACAAUGAUUAGAUGAAAAAAAGAAGAGACUUGUAUUAAAAUAAGUUGGUUAUAUGUAUAUAUUGUUCCUACUAUAACUCAGUACAUGUAUAUCAUUAUGUUGUUAUUCAUUUUUAUAUACGACUAAAUAUAUAUAUAUAGCAUUAUUACUGUUAUUGUUACUUAAAAGUCAAUGUGUUCGGAUAGAGUCGAGUAAGUUGCUAUUUACUCGGUCUUGAGUAUUGCGCUAGUUCAGAGUUAAAUUAACGGUACACGAAGUUGCAUUUUUCAGAAGCAUUUAAAAAAAAAGUUAGUUGUACAUUGUCCUAAAUAGGAUUUUUCAACAAUUAUACAGCAAAUUAUGACUUACUCGGGUAAGUUUUCUUGCUUGAUGAAAUAAACCUGUUUAGUGCAAUGACUUUCAUUCUAUUUUUAGCAUUUCCUUUUUUUGGCAUUUGUUAGACCAAUAACACUUACACAGCAUUUAAUUACACAUGUAUAUAGUUCUAGAUAGAUUUAUUUUUGUUACGCUUGACUACCAAAUGAAAUUUGGUGUGUGAUUAUUACAUUUUUGACAUUAGUUUAACCAAAUUUGGUAUGUUGUUUUUUUUUUUUUUGUUUUUUUUUUAUGUUAGUGAACUUUUUGUAAAAGUUGACAGGGAUCUGUGGAGGUAUUCGGCAUUAUUUGACUUGUUGUGUCAUAUAUCUAUAUUUUUUCACUUUUGGCUUGUCUUAUAACUUCUAUUUUAUAUGGAAAUCGUGGAUCUUAUUGCUUGAUAUUUGAAUUUUAUUAAAUUUCCACCUGUUUUUCAGUUAAUAUAAAUAAUAAAAUUUUCAGAUUUUUUUUUUUUUUUUUUUUUUUUUUUUUCAAAUUUUGUUUGUGGGACUUGUCUAAUAGGGCAUAUGGUUUUGUUUGGGAAUGUGUCAAGAUUUUUUUUUGUCAGAACUUUCAAGUGUAUAAACACAAUCCAUUUUUAGAUACCUCAUUAUACGUAAGAUUGUGACUUUCUUUGAUUCACCAUUUUUUUUGUAAAUUUGAAAGUUUGGAAAACUUCAUCCAGUGUGUCGAUACUUUCAGCAGUUAAAGUGUUCAGUAAAAUUACAGAAUAAUAAAUUAUAUUAUAUUUUCUAUUUCUUUCAUGCUGUCAGAAUUUAUGCACAAAUAGAAUUAUCUUUUUAAGACAAAAUUUGCGUUCAGUUUGUAGCAUUUGCCGUAAAAUAAAACCAACAGUUUGGACAUGGCCUAUAAGAAACACGUUCUUUUAAAAUGUGUUUGUAGUAUCUUCAGUCAAACAUUUGUUUUCAUAUUAAAUAAAAAAAAAUAUAUAUAUGUAUUUUCUUUACUUCUUAUACUUUACUUGAUUUGAUAUAUCCUUAACCCUUAGCCUGCUGCAGGCGAUUUUAACAACCUUUGCAAACAGCUUGGAACCAGAUCAGACGCCGAUUAAAUCGGCGUCUGAUCAGGUUCCAAGCUGUUUGCUACUCUGACAAUAUUUCUUCCAAUUUUGGAGCAAAUUGAAUGAACUUUACAAUUUUAGCAGACGACAUUUCCAGCAGACGACAAUUUAUCUAGCAUGCUAAAGGUUAACAUUCAAAACUAACAGUGUCUACAGCAUUAAGCAAAAAUUUCCUACUCAAGUCUAGAACUUUGAAAUUGGAUGAAAAAUGGUGAAUUUUCACCAUCUUUUAAUGGUUCGUAUAUUAUGUUCAAAUUUCCAUGUGUCAAACCUUUGAAAGUAAAUAUUGUUCACAAAAUUUUUUGAAUAAGUGAUUAAGCUGACCAUUUUUUAUCUUAAAGUUUUACAAUUGGUUGUGUUCUUAUAUUAUAUAAAAAUUCAAAGUAAAGAUUUAUAAAUAGAGCAUUUUUGGCUGAUGGAAUGAAACGCCAGCCUUCAGUUCAAAAUCAGACCUUUUCUGGUUCUCAGUAGAUUUUUCUUUGAAUUUAAUAAGUUAUGCAAUUAAUAUUGCAGGUAUUCUUUUCCAUUCUUGGCUAUAAGGAAACAUAUAUUUCUGAAAGGUUGACAGUUUAUGUCUCUUGGAUGAUGUAUUGUAUAGCAAUAAUUUAAGAAGAAAAAAAAUUUUCUCAGAAAAGAAUGGUGCAUAAAUUGUGCUGAAAAGUCACUUUGUGUAAUCGAGAACCCAGUACUGUUAGAAAGCUGAUUUUAGAGUGCAUGUCAAAUGGAAAAGUUUAUAAAAAAAACAACAUUAUAGGUUUUGCAUACUCUGUAUGUGUUCAGAAAAAAAUGCAUGCAGAUUUAGUUGUAAAUUUUUGCAGCUGUGACCAUUUGGUUGUUUAGUAUAUUUUUUUUGAAACUAUAUGUUCCAUUUCACUGUUUCAUUUUAAAAUGGUGCUUUUUUUCUCUUUGAAUUUCUAUUUUUAGAAGCUUUCUUCCUCUUCUAGUCUUCUGUGUUGAAACAUGUAUUAGUUCAGUUGUAGAAAUAAAAACUCAUUGUUGAAGUAAUUGUUGAGCAGUGCCAGGUGAAAACCAUUUUUUUUUUCAUCUGAAAUUAUCUGUGGAACCUUUUUACCUGGCAUGGCUCAAAUACUGUUCUUGCAUUUAGUAUAGCAUUUUGUAUAAAAACUGUGUUACUUGUUUUAUAUACUACAAUAUAGCGAUCAUACAGUAUUCAACAUAUUACAUUCCUAGAUAUUGUGGAUAUAUGUGCUGGUUUUCAUUAAACAAAAAGUUUUUCUUAGUUAAAGUAACAUCAGCUUGCUUGUAUUUUACAUAAAACUAAAGCAUUGCAUAUUUCUUUGUCUUUUACCCUUGAAAAGUAGGCCUUAAGAGCUUCUAAUUUUUUUAUCUGACCUCCAAAAGAGAUUUACGUUACCCGAUCAAAGCAGGAAAUGUUUUUGCUGAGUGAAAAAAAAAAGAUGAUUUUUGUAUUCUGUUACAAAUACUCCUGUUAUUUGAAUAUUUUGUCCUGACAGAUAUGUUAUUCAAAUAUCCGAAAUAUGUUGUUUCUCAAAUGUCAGAAAUAUAUGUUCUUAAUGUUACCUUAUCCGUAUGUUAUUUUCAAAAACAUUAAACUGACAUUUUCUAUCUGGAAAAAAAAAAGAAGAAAUUAUCCUGGAUUUCUGAGACAAAUGAUUUUUUCUCUUCAUUUAAAUCAGUCAUUAUUUGUCUGGCAUUAUAGGUAAUGAUUGAAAAUUGUAAUAAUCACGAACAUGGUAAAUUAAUUCCCGAAGACAGCCGCAGAGGAAAAAAAUAGAUGGAAGACUUUGUUUCUAUUUAAGUCUAAGAAAAUAUUGAAUUUACAUAUAAAUUGUUUUCUUUAACGAGUCUUAUUGAAAUCUUUGCAAUUUCUUUGGAAAUAAUUAGUUCUUGUUAAAGUUAACAAGACUUUUAAAAACAUAAUACCGUUAUGGAGCAUGUGGCGUCUUCAUUAAAUGAAAUAAUGGCACGCAAAAAACAUUUAAUUAAAGCAACUGAAGAUGAAUUUCCUUCUCGGUCCAAGUUUUUAUUGUUGCGGAGAAUUAGACAACAAAGAUAUGAAUUACUUGGUACGUCUCCGGCAGGUCAGAUUUCCUGUUUGUUUAGCUAUUUGAAGGGUGGUAUACUGUUCAAACAUUAGUAUUUUCAUAUCUGGAUUGCUUAAUUUUGUAAAGAAUUUUCACUAGAGGAUGUAUUUGGGUUAGCAGGCCCCAUCUCUUAGCCCCAGUUGAAUUGAUUUUAUUAAUUAUUUGUUCACCAUCCCCAUUAUUGAGGGGAAAAACAGUUAGAUUUGAUUAUAUACAUGUAUAUGGAAUCUUGUAUAGAAAAAGACCAAAGAAUUGCCAUUUUUAGCCAUGUGGUCUUCCAGUAGAUUAAUUAUUUUGUUAGAAUAUGCUAAUGUAAGCAUGAAAUAAAUGCUAUAUUUUUGUGACUUGAUUGAAUUGUUCGCCUACAUGUGCAGACGUAGUACGUAUACAUGUGUAAAAAAAAAAGUACAUUAACUUGACAUAAUUAGAGUAGAUUUUAUAAUAAAGUGUGCUUGUUGUUCACAUUGCCAUAUUAUAGUUGAGCAAAUUUUUAAACAUGGUUGUACACACUUAAUACGCAUUUGUGUAUACCAUAUAUGAAUAUUUAAAUCUUCCGGGCAUAUAGUGCACAGAACUACUAGAGUUGGACUGUGUGGACAACCAUCAUUUAGAAAUUGAAAAGAACAACUAAAUUUGUGGUUCUUUCAACUUCUUCAAAUAGAAUUUUCUUCUUCUUUAGUCUCGCUAAACUAUUGUCACACCAAGUUUCAGAUUAACAGCAUAUAAAAUAAUGGAAAAACACAGCAUAGUUUAUAUCUCACUUCUGUUGUUUUUUUUUUUUUCAAAUGAUUUUUAAGGCUAAUUAGGUCUUGUAAAAUCAUAUAUAAGUGAAUUUAUUGCAUUCACUUGUUUAUUGAAUGACAUACUUAAUUGUUGUUAAGUGAUCAACAUUUGUGCUUGUUCUUUGUGGCUAAAAUUUCAAAAUACGUAUCACAUUCACUUUAAAUGGUUAGUACCGUUUCUGUUUGGUGGAAAGUAAAUCGUUAUGGUACGGUAUUUAUUUGACAAAAAAAUUGAUCUUGUUUCGUCAUUUGUUUAUGCUAUAUGUAAAAAAAAAGUGAUGUUGUUAUACUAUGUGCGCAAAGUUAUAUGAUUAUAUGCUAUGUGCGCAAAGUUAUAUGCUAUGUGCACAAAGUUAUGUGGUUAUACAGUGUGCACAUAGUAACAUAGUGAUGCUAAGUGUACGAAGUUACGUUGCUAUGCUCGAUGUAUACUGAUUAAUUCCUUUUUUGUACAGAUAUAUACUAAAUUUAAAAAAAAUCCAAAUCAAGCAUAAUUUCAUUUUCAAAAAAAAAUCCAGCCAUUGUACGCAUUUAUAGGUUCAACUUUUUAGCAGUGAAUUCAUAAAAUUUAUGUUCUCUUUAUAUGUUAAAGUUUACUAUUAUACAUGUAGAUUAUUACUUGUUAUAUAUACAUGAUUUUGAGUCUAACAUGUUAUUUGUAAAGUUACCAUGUUCAGUCGCCUCCAUUGCAUUUAUACAUAGUUACUGAUAAAACGAUUAUAUGUUCUAUUUGUACCAUUUUUGGUACACAUAAUUUUAGACUAUUUUCAAGAUUUAUGUAGUAGUCUGCUUCGCAAAAAAUGAAUAAAUCAUAUUUACCAUUA